AAUUGUCCAUUUCCUUGGUAAGAUCAUAUUCUUUUUUUUUCCCUGUUGGUAAACCCUAAUUUUAUUUUGAUCUCUCUCUAAUUGUAGCUAAUCCAUCACCAUGGCUAAAAGCUCCUUCAAAUUGGAACACCCUCUUGAAAGGCGACAGGCUGAAGCUGCUCGUAUCAGGGAGAAGUACCCUGAUAGAAUACCGGUUAUUGUGGAGAAGGCUGACAGAAGUGACAUUCCUGACAUUGACAAGAAAAAGUACUUGGUUCCUGCUGAUCUAACUGUGGGGCAAUUUGUUUAUGUCGUUCGUAAGAGAAUAAAGCUUAGUGCUGAAAAGGCUAUUUUUAUCUUUGUGAAAAAUAUCCUUCCUCCCACAGCUGCCAUGAUGUCCGCCAUUUAUGAGGAGCACAAAGAUGAGGACGGCUUCCUGUACAUGACCUACAGUGGAGAGAAUACAUUUGGAUCCUUUUGAAAAUGCAGUCAAACCUCUCUGCCUGUAAAUAACUCUUACUAGAAAAGAACAUGUAAAUUCGUUCUUCUCGCGUUAUCUUUCCUCUAAAAGACGGAAUCUUAUGUCUGUUUCGUACUUGUUUAGCCUUUGGUUAACAUCAACUUGUUUCAAGUAUAUAUAUCUACUCUAUGCAGUUACUCAUUUUCCCUCUG